AUGCUGAGGAGCAACAGCCUCGGCAGUUUCCUGCGCGGGUACGCGACCAAAGUGGACAUCAAGGCGCUCAAGCGGCUGCGCGAGCUCAACCCUGUAUCGAUGACCAAGGCCAAAGAGGCGCUCUUGAGUACAGACAACAACAUUGACCAGGCCCUGCAAUGGCUUGAAGACGACGCCAUGAAAUCGGGCGCCAAAAAGGCCGAAAAGGUCAAGGAUCGCGUGGCCACCGAGGGUGCAAUCGCCAUCCAUGUAAACGACGCGCUGACCGCCGCUUCGAUAAUCGAGCUCGGGUGCGAGACAGACUUUGUCGCUCGCAACUCGACCUUUGUUGAUCUUGCCUCGGCUAUUGCGCAGUCCGGGGUGGAUUUUGCCAACAGCGCCGUACUGGCAAAUGUCGAGAUCAGCGAACUGGGCAAGAAGAUGCUGGCUGACCGGACCGUCGCCGAUACAGUCACUGAGACCAUUGGCCGGCUGGGCGAGAACAUUGUGCUGCGCAGGGCUGCUGCCGUCGGAUCUGAAGACAAUGUUGUUGUCAGUGGGUACGUACACAGCGCGAUUGCAGGCACCAACGGUGCAUCAGCCGGAAAGAUUGGCGGAAUCGUGGUUAUCAAGAGCGACAGCCUAAGCAAAGACAACCACCGGGCUACGCUGAGCCAGCUCGCUAGGCGCCUUGCCCAGCAGGUUGUUGGCUACGCCCCGCGAUACACGACCGUCGCUGAGUGGGAGAGCGCCAAGGCUGCGGGCACCGAGAACUCGGAGGAUUUGCCAGAAGUAUCGGUGCUCGAAGCCCAGCAAUUCCUCUUUGGCGGCGGAACCAUUUCCGAAGUGCUUGAGAAGGUUUCCAAGGGCGUCGGCUCACCGGUUGAGAUCACAUCUUUUGUGCGCUUCGAGCGCGGUGAGGGAGUCGAGAAGGCUGUGAAGCCUGACUUUGCAGAGGAGGUGCGCCAGCAGCUCGCGUGA